UUGCCUCAGCCCUUGGAGCUAAUCCUCUUAUCGGAUUACCUCCAUUCACUUAAUCCCCCACACAAACCAGCUCCGUCUCAAGUUACAUACGUACAUAAACUGUCGCAAUAAUCGUAAAGUAAUCACCAUUAUUUACGAAUGGUGAAGUGUCAACGGAUAAUAAUAAUAAUAAUAAUUGAGACAAGGCUUGUUAUUAGUACUUUUUUGGAAAAAUGACGCUACUUUCGAGUAAAUUGUUUCGCCCGUGGGACUUGCCCCAGCAGGAGGAUGGUGUUGUUGAGGGGAAGGAUGAGAAAAGUACUUCGUCACCUGAGACGAGAAAUGUGUUCGUGGAUGAAAGUGAGGUGAAGAAGAAGCGAAGAAAGUGCAGUGAUGAUGAUAACCGAAGUGGUGGUGGUGAUAAGAAUGUGUGUUCACCACGAUCUGUGAUACUGAGUGAGGAGGAGGCCAUGCUGGGGGGACGAGGAUCUUGUCGGGGUGGGAGUGACUGUGACCCUUGGUUGUUGGAUUGCUCUUCGUCGUCUGGGGGAGGUGGUGGAGGACGUCUCCUGUGUCCGGAAUCCUGCUCGUCGCAAUCGCCCCCAACCACCCCCGGACUUUUCCUGCAUCCUUCAGCAAUCAGUGAUUUGGCGAAUUUGUCGCGCCACGAACUCACCGCGAUGGGACUGCUCCCCAGGGACGCGGCGUCCCACAAGGUCAAGAGGCAAAGGCCGAAACGCUUCCAUUGUCCGCAUUGCCAGGUCGCGUUCUCAAAUAAUGGGCAGCUGAGAGGUCAUAUACGAAUUCAUACGGGCGAACGUCCCUUCUCCUGCGAGCAUGACGGGUGUGGGAAAAGUUUUACGAGAAAUGAAGAACUCACGCGACACAGGAGGAUUCAUUCCGGCCUGCGACCCUUUCCGUGCAGCUACUGUGGGAAGAAGUUUGGGAGGAAGGACCACUUGAAGAAGCACACGAGGACGCACCAGCGCCCCAUGUUCUCGGGCGGGAUGAUUGGCUAUGGGAACCCUUUCCAUCCAUUCAACCCUCCUCUGGGUGCGGCCGACUUUCCGGCAUCGCAGGGCUCCUAUGGCCUCCCCUCCUUCGUGCUCAAUAUCCCUCCACCCUUCCACUUCUCGUGAGGAGCAGCCCUCCCUCCAUGAUCCAGCACCCUUCGUACCGUAUAAAGUAGAUCUGUACACACCUCAUGUAAAGUAUUUUGUACAUAGGAGAAGAUCCUUAAUCAGUUCGGUUUUUGUAAUG